CUCUUCUGCUAUGUGAUGCCUUCUGCCAUGUAUAAUGCAGCAAGAAUGUCUUUGCCCAAUGACAGUAACUUGAUAUUGGACUUCCCAGUUGCCAGAACUGCUACAGAAACACUAUUUAGAAUGGGUGUGGCAAGAGGAGCCAUCACAACAUUAAGAAAUGGAGAAGUCCUUUUGUUCUGCAUAACAGCAGCCAUGUACAUGUUCUUUUUCAGGUGCAAAGAUGGUUUGAAAGGAUUUACGUUUUCUGCACUUAGGUUCAUUGUAGGCAAGGAAGAAAUUCCCACACAUUCUUAUUCACCAGAGGCAGCAUAUGCAAAAGUGGAACAAAAGAGAGAGAAACAUGAGGAAAAACCAAGAAGAAUGAAUAUAAUUUCUCUAGUUAGGAAACUUGUGAAUUUAAUAUGCAAGCAUGGACCAAGGCAUAGAUGUUGUAAACACUAUGAAGAUAAUUGUAUCUCUUAUUGCAUUAAAGGUUUCAUCAGAAUGUUUAGCGUGGGAUACUUGAUCCAGUGUUGCCUGCGAAUUCCCUCUGCAUUUAGGCAUCUGUUUACAAAGCCAUCCCGGCUACUUUCUCUCUUCUACAAUAAAGAAAACUUCCAGCUUGGAGCUUUUCUUGGUUCUUUUGUUAGUAUAUACAAGGGUACUAGUUGCUUUCUGCGUUGGAUCAGAAACCUGGAUGAUGAACUACAUGCUAUUAUAGCUGUGUUUUUGCCCAGGUUGAGCAUUGGCGUAUAUCAUUCAACUAUAUUGUUAAUGCUUUUUUAAUAUAACUCUUGCAUUAUGCUUAUUUUGCAGACAAUGUAUUUCAAAGGCAUUGAAGCAGGGAAGGUUCCCUAUUUUCCUCAUGCAGAUACUAUUAUCUAUUCCAUCUCUACAGCAAUUUGUUUCCAGGCAGCUGUCAUGGAAGUUCAGACCUUGCGACCAUCUUACUGGAAGUUCCUUUUAAGGCUCACCAAGGGCAGAUUUGCUGUCAUGAAUCGAAAAGCCCUGGAUGUUUUUGGUACUGGUGCAUCUAAACACUUUCAGGGUUUCGUCCCCAGAUUGGAUCCAAGAUAUACAGUUGUAAAACCGGAGUUGCCGAUAGAGUUUUCAUGAAGAUGGCUAUAAUUUAUUAAUGUGACUAUAUUUCAUCAUUAUAUCCUGAAGAGUUAAUUAUGUUGAAUACAAAGAAGGGGGCCCAGCUCAAACUUCAGUGUUAUUUCAAUGAGAGAUGCUUUUUUGUUUUGUUUUGUUUUUCUUACCAAUCAGAAAUACAGAAGCUUUUUAGGAAGGUGUUGCUUAAUAAUUAAGCUUCCUCUGUAGCCAGAAUCUGAUUCUGGAUCUCUGUAGUGGUUGACAUUGUGAUAUAUUAUUGAUUAAAUUAUGUCCACGAAUGAUAUUGAAUUAUCUAUAUAGAAAUGUAAUAACAAGAGUACACUUAAAAUUACUUAAAAGGGUCUUUAGUUCAUUCCAAUAUAAUUCUUGGUUUAAACUAAGAAUAUUUCUCAUUUUAGGAUUUACAAAGGAUCACGGGUAUGUGGAUUUGGUCUGUGAUUAUUUUUAAGUUUUGAAUUGGUAUUUGUAGUAGUAGAAUGUUAUAGAUUUGAAGGAAUUCUCCAUAUACAAUGCUGCUUUAGUAUAGAGCAAUGUAAUUGGAGAAAAGUGGCCAUUCUUACUUCAGGGAUGCAAAGAUGGGUUUUAUACCAUUGGGGUAAAUGUCGUGGUAUCCAUGCUCUUUUUUCAACUAGUAACACCAUCUCUCUCCAUGACCAGUAGGGCUGUUUAGCAGCCCAGUAAACCUACAUACUAAUGGCAGGUUAGGAACAAAUGAAAAUUUACACAUGUGUUUUAAUCUUUUACAAUAGCAUUACACUUGAAUAUUUAAAAACAAAUAUUUAAAAACAAAUCUUUUAAACCUCCUAUAGAUAUAUUGUGUUUGUUGUCAUUUAUAGAGGCUGAAUUGUUUAUAACUCAGUUUGUACGCCAUUGUUUUAGAAAGGAUCAAAAUCCUAUGGAACAAAAGAAGUUUUGCGAAGUUUAGCAGUGUUUUACCCUGUCAACUGUUUCACUUAAAUAAUAGAUGUUUUACAACUAAAACAACAUAAAAUUCCAGCAGUUGUUUAAAAGUUUUUCAUCACUAAUUUAAUUCAUGUUCCUCAACUUCAUUUUCAGAAACCACUGUCAUCCUUUUUACUCUAGAAUAAAGAAGUGACAAAAUGUAGUCACUUUCUCUUGAAGAAAGUUGUUCAGACAACUGAUGAUGAACAUAUGAUCGCUAUUUACAGUUUUUCAGGGAAAAGUUUUACUUUUCUAAGAUAAUAAAAGGCUUAAAGUGAUUGUGAUGUCUACAGGGAAUGUAAAAUCUAGGAGUGAUGCUAUUUUUGGAAUGUAAUUUUGUUACUAAAAAGUUUUUAGUCCAUGGUAAAUCAUGCAGUAGAAUUUGUGUUACAAAAGGGAUUUUAAUCCAAAGGUUAAAAAAUGCAUAAUCCCCAAUAUUAAAUUUUAUUAAGGCUUGUAUUAGUUCUGUUUUUAUGUCAUCUUGUCUUUUGUUGUUAUAACAAAUUGAAACCCAACAAAAAGGUAGAUUCUAGUACUGUGGUAACAGAGAGUCACUUUAAUUGGGUCAAAAUUUUUCAUUGUGAAUAACUUUUUAGAGUAGACUUGCCAUUUGGCAAUACUGUUAAGGGAUCAUUUUGGUUUCAGACUUCAAAAUUGAUUAAUGUAGUUUUAAGUUUUUAUUGACUGGAAUCAAAAUGAUGAUUGGUACUAUGUUUACUUUUUAAACAUGAAGUAUUAAAGCACUGAGAAGCACCAGCAUGCACCUCAUUUUCCCUGUUCAGGAUUUAUGUUUGUUAUAUUUUUCCUAUCAGGUUAAACAUAGACAUUUAAAUCCAUAAGUUGUUAUUUUCAUUGCCAUUAAAAAGCUAUCAUAUUGAAAAACACAUUCUAUUGAAAUUUUCUAUGAUUGUUUAGCAGAAUUUUGCUGGUUAAGGUGCAUUUCUGCAAUAUAUAUGUAUAUGUAUACAUAUAUCAAUAAAUUGCAAUCAUAUUUUUAUUUUAUAUAAAAUGUAAAACAAAAUAACCAUCCUGAAGCAGAAUAUAGUGGUGAAUGUAUAGAUUGAAUGAAUGGUUAACUAAUUUGCAGUGGGGAAUCAAGAAUCAAGAAGUCCAGUUUGAUUCCACUAUGGCAGAUUGCAAAGUAUACUUGUUCAAGCAAACACAAAGAAACUUUGUGUUCCUGAAGACAAUUAAAAUGUCUUUCUACCUCUAACUAAUCAGGUAUUGAUUGACAAUGUAUUGGCAUCUUAAAUAAAGUCAAAUAGACCUCUCCAUUCCAAAAUGUGUUUUUAUUUUUAAAAUCAUUUAAAUUCCCAAGAAAUCAUGUCCAAAUAAAUUUCCACCAGACUGAUAGCAGUAAACAAUAUGCUUGUUAGUCUUUCCAAUAUGUUUACGUAGAGUGAAGAAUAGUGCAUCUGGAGCAGUAGUAAAAUGGUCAUUUCAUUGCUAUUCCCCGUAUUAAUAAAAUCCUAUAACUUGUACCAACUAAGUAAAGAUUGAGGUUGCAAGAUAGUUGUCUUGAAUCUGUUAGAUUUGUACAACUUUUUCAUCAGAUAGUUUUUGUGUCCAUUCUGAAACAUUUCUGAAAUAAUAUCUUUGGUUCUGUUAUCUUUUUUUUCAUGAAUUCUUAUUGGAUUCUGUAACUUUUUUCUUGCUCUAUUAACAUAUAUAUCACUCAAUUUACAUCUACUUUAUUAUUUUUACUUUUUUGCUAUUGUUUAGUCAGUUGUUAUUUAAUUUAUAAUUUUGUUAUUCUUUACUCUCAGAUUUUGUAAUUUACUUUUACCAAGAACAAAUACGUAUUUUGUGAUGGAACUCACUUUGGGUAUUUGUCAUAUUUUCUGGAAUACACACAUCCUUGUAGAUUAUGUCUAGGCUAACAUUUGAUUUAGAUGAUAAUGCUGACAAAAAAUAAAAUGUUUAUGCUUGGAUUUCA